AUCAUACUGGCCAUGUAACCGGGGACUCCCAAGACGGAUAAUAUUCCAGUGGCGCAGGAAGCUCAUUAGUAACGGAAGUGGGCGAUUUUCACGAGAGCUUACAUACUUCAGAUUUGUAACCUUUGGAACAAAACGCUCAAUGCUACUUAUAAACCUAACUUCAUGUUCAAAAUCUUCUUACUCUGAAUGUAAACAAACCAUUCGGUGCUAUUUUUGGAUUAAAAGUUUUACUGUGUACAAAUGCAAAAUAUUUCCAUGCAUCUUCAUUUGUUACCUAUUCUACGAUCGUUUACAUAAUGACUUUGUCAUCGAAAAGACAACAGAUUCAGUAAAGAGAUCCUUCAAGAGAAUAGUUUUCACCGAUAUCAAGAUGCACGUGAGCUGUUGGUUGUGUCUUUUGACGGUUCUGGUGGGAGAAAAAGCAUGUGCAGAUAUACUUGCCCAGAUGUCCACGUGUAAAAUCUCAUCAGAACUCCGAGACCGUUGGGUCCUAUCCGACAGUUCCCGGAACAAGCUUCGGAUUCGAAGAAGAAGUGUGGUAUUUAAGGAGCCUGGCCGUGUGCUACGGUACAAAUGUCUCGAAUCCAAGGGAAACAACACGUAUCUUCUCAGAUCACGUAAUAUCGAAUACCGAAAAGAUGGCGUCGUCUGCCUCGGGUUCUCCCCACUGAAUCGUCCGUCAGCAGCCGAGUUCAAAGUUGUCAGACUUAUAACUGCUUCAACCUUCGGCCAUGAAUUGAUGGGGCCUAAAUUGGUUAACUCUGGAUCAAACUUGACCAUCGACAACACCUGUACAGGAGUCAACCAGCAUAUCCGUUUUUUCAUCCACAGAACAGUCCCCGGAUGUAGAUUUGCCAAGGGUUUGCGUCGGACUUGGUUGACAUCAUUGAGGUUUGGCUGGAAUAUGACCUUCACCAAAUCCGACUUCAUAAUGACGUUGUCCAACGGAAGUAGUAUAAAUUUCCGGUGUGAAAAAAGGGACAAAAAUUUCUACCUCGUCAGGUCGAUGUCACUCCUGCCCGGGGGUCAGGACGGAGUACUGUGUGUAGAUAUAUCACCCCUCCCUGACGACCCCUUCUAUAACUACCAAAUCUCAAGACUGAACGAAGGCGAUGGCCAAACACUGGAAACGUUUCUAAAAUUUGUUCCACGUGGCAAGGUUAUAUAUCCAUAUAUGGAUUGUGAGUGGGUGGAAAGUCCCGCGCGACCUGUGUUUAUUUACCCGCCUUAGUCAUUGGUCAGACAUCGAGAAAGAACAAAACCAGUGGUCAUAUGAUUUUACCACGAAUCAAGAAACAAGGCUUUCGCAGCAAAUCGUCAAUGCUUGUCACUAUAUAAAUGCCUUAAACAACAAGUGUUGUGACUUGGACAAUGGACUGUUCAGGGGUUAUCUUAAUUAAACAGGGCUUCCUCAUCUUCCUUAUGACAAAGAGAUUUCCUUGCUCUGGUCAUGCAACGCAAAGAAUUUUUUUGGGAAGUUAUACGCCAAAAUAAUUCAAUCAUUUGACAUAUCAUAUUAUGAAUAUCACUGAAAAGCCAAACCUGACUAAAAUAUACAACUUAUGUUUUAUAAUCGGAUUCCUUCAUUACUAGAUACCGUUCAUCUGUUUAUAAGAACAUCAAUUUAAGGUCAAGGUUCAUGAAGACGCUUCAUAUCGAAGAAAUUAUAUAUGAUUAUACAUUGUAUUAAGAAACAAAGUAUUGUAGUUUUUAGAGAAUAUGUUUAAAAACUACUAGGAAUGUUGUAGUUAUAGUAGGUGAUGAAAUUACAUGGACAAUGUUAGCAAGCUUUUAAGGUCACAACUGCGUUAAAACGAUAGUUGUGAUUUCAAUUUUAAUACACAGCUAUUGUUAAGUAACACUUUAAUUGGCUUUGUAAGGAAUUCAUCAAUAUAUCGAGUGCGCUAUUUAAAGGAAUGGUAAAGAAAUCUGUGUUGCGUUUUGCUUUGAUUAAUCGUCACUGUAAGUUAUUUAAUACGCUGACAGAAAACUAGGAAGUAAGGAAAACGAGAGGCACUGUAUCGAGGUUUUCCUGUUAAACAGUUCUAAUCAUCCAUGCAUCAGCUAAAUAAAUAUACAUCUCUAUAAUGACAAGAGAACAUCGUCUGUAUGCCAAUUCAUUUAUUUUCAGAACAAUUGAUAUCGAAAAUGAUGUAAACAAUGCAGCACUAUAUAACUACACAUUAUAUUGAUCAGGCGUGUGUAAAUAUUGAUUGAUUCAGGUAUAACAAUGUAAAUAAUUCUAAAAAUAUAUGCAUGUAAGUAGCUCAUAUAAGAACACUUUGUAUACAAUAAGUGACUACAUUUAACAAUGUUCAAAUAAUUAUAGAAAUUCUAUGUUACAGUAUGUUAUUGGAUUAUAGAUAAUGUAAACGAUCAAAUAAAUGUACAAAAGUUC